AUGGCAAACGAUCGCACGUCGCAAGACGAACGGAAAUUAGAAAGCGGAAAUGCCGCCAACUCCGAGUCGAAGGACUUGAACAUUCAUCCCGCGGUCUACAUUGGUCUGUGGAUCACGUUGAGUGGCAGUGUCAUUCUGUUUAACAAAUGGGUUCUUUCGGCCGCCAAUUUCAACUUUCCCCUCUUCCUUACGACAUGGCACAUGGCUUUCUCGACGGCCAUGACCCAGAUCCUGGCCCGUUUCACCCAUAUCCUGGACUCGCGACACAAGGUCCCGAUGACUCCGCGGACCUACGCGAGGGCCAUCCUGCCGAUCGGUAUCAUGUUCAGCUUGAGUCUGAUCUGCGGUAACCUUGCCUAUCUCUACCUGAGUGUGUCGUUCAUCCAGAUGCUCAAGGCCACCAACGUGGUGGUCACCCUGGUGGCGACUUGGUCCUUCGGCAUGGCCCCGGUCAACUUCAAGGUCCUGGGCAAUGUCGCUCUCAUUGUCGUCGGUAUCAUGAUCGCCUCGUUCGGCGAGAUCAAGUUUGACAUGUUCGGAUUCCUCGUCCAGAUCGGUGGCAUCAUCUUCGAGGCGCUGCGUCUCGUCAUGGUCCAGCGUCUCCUCAGCUCCGCCGAAUUCAAGAUGGACGCGCUGGUCUCGCUCUACUACUAUGCGCCCGCCUGCGCCUUCUUCAACGGUGUCGUGACGCUCUUUACUGAAAUCCCCCGCAUGACCAUGACCGACAUCUACACUCUGGGCAUCUCGACCCUCAUCGCCAACGCCCUCGUUGCCUUCCUCCUCAACGUUUCCGUCGUGUUGCUGAUCGGCAAAACCUCCGCGGUGGUCCUGACCAUGGCCGGUAUCCUGAAAGACAUCCUGCUCGUGGUCGCCUCCAUCCUCAUCUUCGGCGACCCCGUCACGAGCCAGCAGUUCCUCGGCUACGGCAUCGCCCUCGUCGGAUUGGCCUACUACAAGCUCGGAGCCGCCGGCAUCAACUCGUUCAUCUCCGACCUGCGCCUGCAGUUGGCCAACAACUCGGGCAAGUCGAAGCUCAUCAUCGCCGCGGUCAUCGCAGGCGGGUUCUUCUUCUUCAUGUAUGCGGGGUCAGGCUCGUCGCCGGCUCCCGUCGCGGCCCCCGUCGCGGCCCCUGCGCCUUAA